UCCUUGCUGUUGCUUCAUGUGGUGUUGCUUCUUUAAUACUUUCUGGUGGAAGAACAACACAUUCUAGAUUUCAUAUUCCUAUAGAUAUAAAUGAUACAAGUACAUGUAGUAUUCAUCGAGGAACAAAUUUAUCUGAACUUCUAAUUAAAACAAGUCUUAUAUUAUGGGAUGAAGCACCAAUGGCACAUAGAUUUUGUUUUGAAGCAUCAGAUCGAAGUUUAAGAGAUAUUUUAUCAAUCAAUGAACCUGCAAACACCAAAGAACCAUUCGGUGGCAUGAAGAUAUUGCUAGGUGGUGACUUUAGACAAGUUCUUCCAGUAAUAAACCAUGGCAGUGCAACAGAUGCGAUUAAUGCAUCCCUUAUUAGCUCUCCUCUCUGGCAAUAUUUCACGGUAUUCAAGCUGACUAUUAAUAUGCAACUUCAGAAUCCUAGCUUAAACAAUGAUGAAAAACAAAAAAUAGCUCGAUUUGCAAAAUGGAUCUUAGAUAUCGGUGAAGGUAGGAUUCCAGCUUGUGAUGGUAACAAUGAUGCUGAUGAAAGAUGGAUAGAAUUGCCUCGGGAACUAUUGUUACAACCAACUUAUGAUAAUAUCGAAGCAAUAACAAGUGUGGUAUAUGAUGAAUUGACUAGAAAAUAUGCCUCUGUACAAUACCUUGCUGAAAGGGUUGUGAUCUGUCCAUUAAAUCACACUGUAGACGAAAUAAAUGAUAUAAUGCUGAAAAAAGUUCCUGGAAAUAGCAAGAUAUACUUCAGUUAUGAUAGCAUUGUCAAUUCAAUAAAACAACCAGAUGACUUCCCAGUUUUGUAUCCAUCAGAAUUUCUUAAUUCUAUAACACUAAAUAAUUUCCCACAACAUAUGCUUACUCUAAAGAUUGAUGUCCCUGUCGUAUUGUUACAUAAUAUUGAUCAAUCAAUAGGGCUUUGCAAUGGGACUCGAUUACUUAUUGUAAGGUUAGGUGAUCAUAUCAUUGAAGCAAAAAUCAUCACAGGAUACCAUAUUGGACACCAAGUUUGCAUUCCAAGAAUUGUUGUACAUGGAAGCAGUCCAAAAUGGCCUUUUACUCUGGCAAGACGCCAAUUUCCAAUCAAAAUUUGUUAUGCAUUAACAAUCAAUAAAUAUCAAGGACAAACACUACAAAAAGCUGGUGUAUAUUUGAAAAGCCCUGUAUUUUCUCAUGGACAAUUAUAUGUUGCAAUUUCAAGAGUCAGAUCACAAGAAGGCUUGAUAAUACUGAUUGAGAAUGAUGACGGAACAGCUGGAACUACUACAAAAAAUAUUGUCUAUAGAAAGAUCUUAGACCAUAUAUGAUGUGGUGAUGUCGUGCAUUUCACUAAAAGAUAUUAAUCAAGGAUCAGCCAAAGCAAGGAUCUGUGUAAGAGUGACAAGACUAUCAGAAUAUAUUCUGGAUGACAAACCAGAAAAGAUCCAAAGACUUGAUUUUGUACUAUUGGAUCAAGAGGGAAAAGCAAUAGAAGCUCAGGUGCCACAACGGCAUGUAGAUCAAUUCAAACCCCACCUUAAAGAAGGAGCUAUAUAUUUUAUUAAAUUUUUCCAAGUGUUCCCAGCUAAAAACAACUAUCGAGCAGUUGACCAUAUAUAUGAUAAAAUUCACGGGUCACACUGAGGUAAUCGAAUUUUCUGGUGCUCCUCCAACAUUUCCCAAGUAUGCAUAUACUCUAGCAUCCUUUGAUACAUUAAGAACUAGAAUUGAUUACACUAGGGACAUGUCAGGUAACAAUAUUCAUCUACAUAUUAUAUGUUCCAUUCCUAAUAUACGUUUAUUUAUUAUAACACCAUCAUCUACCUUUCAUAAAAUAACAUAUACUUUAACAUUACACAGACACAAUAGGACAAGUGGUCUCUAUUGAACCUGCUACAACAGUUUAUGUGAAGGGUAUUAAGAAAACAAUACGACACAUCUACAUUUCAGAUGGCCGGUAUAGUUACAUAAUAACACUUACUGUAAUUUAUACACCAAUCUUUACUCAUUUUCAUUUACUCUUUCUCUUUAGUCAUACUAAUUUAAAUACAAUACAGAAAAUCAAUCGAAGUUGUCCUUUGGAAUCGUCAAGCAGCUGAAUUCCCAGAUGAACAAAUCAUUGAGCUAAGUAAAGAAAAACCAUUUUGCUACUUCUUGGCAUCACUACAAGAUCACGUGAAGGUUAACCAAUAAUCCUCAAUAUUUCUUUAUUCCAUAUUAGAUCUAAAUAUAUACUUCUCUGAUUUUAUACUAAAAUAGAAAAAA